AUGUCCGCCUGGAUGCCCACUGUGCCAUGUGACAAAACCAUUGCACAGCAUCAAAAAAAUAUGGCCGAAUUUGGAAAAUACUCAGCGUUUGAUCCGGCGAGGGGUGCUAGAACAUUGAAUCAACAAUACCAAGAAGUUGGAAAAUCGAAACCAGGCUUUGGAUACCAGCACGAACCUCUUUUCCGUAGAAAACUAAAUUAUCAACAAGUUAUUACCGAUGUAUUGCAUAUGAAAUUAAAGAUAUCUGAUAUAUUACUGGCGGAAAUAAUUUCAUUAAUGUGCGUCACAGAUACAAUUACUGAACGUGCUCAAUAUUUAACGAAUGUAAUGACGUUUUUGGAAAAACAUGCUAAAGAUAAUAAUCCAAGUUUGACGUCUAUAAAAACGGUAACAAAAUUUGUUAUUUUUGUUUAUGUUUUUUAG